GCGCGCCCAUCAACUGGGGAUGAUAACGAGCGCACGGGGGAUUAAAUCUACCGGCAAAUGGCAGCACACAGCGCAGAUCAUAUCCCCGAAAAAGAGCCAUGCUCCACUCAAAAAGGUACCGAUGGGAUGGAGAAGGAUCCUGGAGAGAGAAGGGCUGAGCACAGAUCCCCGAGCCGCCCGGGCGCAGAGAGCGCAGAAUCAGCAUGCGCUGGGGACAGCGGGCUGCCGCGCGAGCUCCGACAACCGCACAGCAACCAUCCCAAAUCAAAAGAGCACAAACGACUCAACACUCACAGACUUGUAUUACAGUACAUCGCACCUUGUAUGAACUCAUACGGCUUGUGCAUCGUAGACAACUUUCUGGGAGAAAAGCUUGGGGACCGAAUUCUGCAGGAGGUCAGACGCGUGCAUGAAGAUGGGAACAUGCAGGACGGACAGCUCGCGUGUCAAACACUGGGCCAAACUAAAGCUAUUCGCGGGGAUAAAAUCGCCUGGGUCGAAGGCACUGAAACGGGCUGCUACAACAUAGGCGUUCUGCUGUCAAGAAUAGAUAAACUAAUCACGUUCGCUGAUGGCAAACUUGGGAACUACAAAAUUAGAGGGAGACACAAGGCAAUGGUAGCAUGCUAUCCAGGAAAUGGUGCAGGUUACGUGAAACAUGUGGAUAAUCCUAACGCAGAUGGCCGCUGUGUCACCUGCAUCUAUUACCUGAACAAAAACUGGAAUGCCAAGGAGCAUGGAGGAGUUCUGCGCAUUUUUCCUGAAGGAAAAUCGUAUGUCGCCGACAUUGAACCUCUGUUUGAUCGACUCCUGCUCUUCUGGUCAGACCGUAGGAACCCUCAUGAAGUACAACCAUCAUUUGCUACCAGGUAUGCAAUCACUGUGUGGUACUUUGAUUCAGAGGAAAGGGCUGAAGCAAAAAGAAGAUUCAGGGAUUCAACAGCCUCUUCACAAAGCAGCACCACAUCUUAGCAGAAGAGAUUGAGACAAAUCUUUCUCCACUGAGAAGUGUGUGUGUGUGUUUGUGUGUGUGUGUUUGUGUGUGUGUUUGUGUGUGUGUUUGUGUGUGUUUUAGCCCUUUUGCACUUAAGGUACCGGCGCUUCCUCCUCAACCAUGCCUUUGCCGUUGCAGUUUUUGUAAACUCAGACUCCAUGUAACUGUCUUGCAACACUGCAUUCUGUAACAUGAUGCUUCUGUGGAAAAAACAUAAGCAGUGAUUAUUAUGUUUAUAUAAAAGGAAUGACAGAAUUAUUCAAUACUUUCUCGUGGGUAUGGAUGAUGGAUGAAGUAAAAAUAUUUUCAUUAAUCUUUUGAUAAAUGUUUGUCUGUAUUUGAAAUAUUUCCAGUUUUUAGUGCUUCUCUGUUUUCCUAUAUAAGGGGAGCUAUUUUGAUUUAAAAUUUUGACCUCAACCUUAAAGCAAAUGGUUUAAAAAAAGUGGAACUGUCACCAGAUGAUUUACGUGGCCGAUGUGGCCCUAAAUACUUAAACAGAUUUCAUUAUUUUUCACAGUAAAUACUAAUAGUUUUCCACAGAAAUGUUUGUAAUAGUAUAUAAUUCUGAUAUGCUUUAAUAUGUGAUGUAAAAAUACUCAAUACUUUAAUAUGUGAUGCAAAAUAAUAGUAUUUCUUUCUGGUAGUUUAAAUGUUUUAAACUGCCUGAAUUUUCAGAAGAUAAACACUUCAUCAGAUCCCAUUAUUUUAUAAAUUAAUUAUACUUUUACAGAAUGAAUAUUAUGAAUAUUAAUUGUAAUGGUAAAUGUCAUUUUAAAAAAUUAUGUGGUGUUCCUGACACUAACAAGUCACAGUGGUUUAUAGGACAGCACUAGUAUUCACUGUCAACUGGAAAUUUUCAAAAGUCUUUCAUUGUUUAGAAGCAGCUGUGCUGUGUUUAAACUACACGGGUGUCUGACUGUAAUGUCUUGAAUGCAUAUAAUGUAAAAUGAAAAUGAUAGUUGGCUGUAACAUUGCUAAGACUGGCCACCUAGAUUUUCUUUCUCUAUGCCUCAUCUGUAAAUAAACAAGUGAAUCAUU